GGGCGGGGCUUGUCAUCCCGUUCAGAGAGUCAACAGAACCGAAAGAGUGGAAAUCAAUGCAGCGCUACGGACGUCUUUAACAGUAAAAACACUGUUUAUCGUCAGUCUGAUGGGUUCAUCGUCUCAGACGUCUGAUCUUCGUCUUUAGCGUCAUGGCUCUCGCUGAGGAGACGCCCGAGAAGCACUGCUGGGUCUGUUUCGCCACCGAGCGGGACGACCACAGCGCCGAGUGGGUCAGUCCCUGCCGCUGUAAAGGCUGCACCAAGUGGAUCCACCAGGCGUGUCUGCAGCGCUGGCUGGACGAGAAGCAGAAGGGCAACAGCGGCGGCUCGGUCAGCUGCCCGCAGUGUGGCACCGAGUACCACAUCGUGUUCCCCAAGAUGGGUCCGCUGGUCUACUUCCUGCAGCAGCUGGACCGGGCUCUGUCCCGGAUCAGCCCCUUCGCCGCCGUGGGCGUCGUGGUCGGGACGGUGUACUGGUCGGCGGUGACGUACGGCGCCGUGACGGUCAUGCAGGUGGUUGGACACAAGAAGGGCCUGUACGUGAUGGAGCGGGCCGACCCGCUGUUCCUGCUCAUGGGCCUGCCCACCAUCCCCGUGGUUCUGGUUCUGGGCAAGAUGAUCCGCUGGGAGGACUACUUAGUGAGGCUGUGGCAGAGAUACUCGUACAAACGCAAGCUUCCUCCAGGUAGCAGCCGUUACCUGCCCCGCGUCCCGGUGGACGGACCCAACUCUGGAGACCACCUGUCGGUGUCCAGGACUCUGUGUGGAGCUCUGAUCUUCCCGUCCAUCGCCAGCCUGGUGGGCCGGCUGCUCUUCAGACGGAUGUCCUCCAACCUGCAGCAGACCGUGCUGGGCGGCAUCGCCUUCGUGCUGAUCAAAGGCGUGCUGAAGGUUUACUUCAAGCAGCAGCAGUACAUCAGUCAGGCCAGCAGGCAGAUCCUGAACUACCCGGAGAGGAGCGGCGCCGAGCCGGCCGACGGCGAUGGCGACGGCGCCGACGACGACACCGAGGACAGCGGCAACGAGUGACCCGCCGAGGCGGGAGAAGGGAACCUGGAGGGGAUUAAUUACCUGAAACACAAGCAGAGCUGCAGGUGAACAGACCUCAACAGCUUCCAUCAGAGGAGCUGAAGGUAGAAACACUGGAGGUCCCUGCAGCCUGAAACCCUCACAGACUUGAAGGUGUCACUAAACACGACUUGUUGCCUUAAAUCUUAAUUAUACAGACUGAAUUCUCCCCGACGGUUCAUCAUUUCCUCAUAAAACCACGAGUCUGGAGCUGAACUUACUCAUUUUAGUCACUUUCAAAGCAAAAUGUUCAGAAAUCUUCCCUUUUCUCAGACAGAAAACUCAAAUUGUUCCAUUUUGGAAUCAUUUUUAGACAGUUUCAGGUAAUUUUUCACUAUUUAGCGACAUUUCAAACCCAACAGUCACUCAGUUAUUGAAGGAGAAGCUGUUGGUUGAAGCUGGAUUAUGAACAGACAGCAAACAUGGAAGCAGUUCAACAGUAAACGCAGCAGUAGAGUCAGAACGAACCAGAACGAUGAAGGUCUACAAGAAACGUGGUGCAAAGUUUAAAUAAAUGUCCAAAUAUUCAAAUUAUGGAGCUAAAAUGAAAGAGCUAAAUCUGAUUAAAGUUCCCCCAGAACCUCCUCAGAACAUCUGGUUCUGUAUCUGCAGCACCUUCAUCUACUGACCAGAGUUCUACUUUC